UCGAUCGAAGGUAGGGAUACACGAAUUCUUUCGUCCUCGACUCCCAUCGACGAUCGUGUUCUAAAGCCUAAAGAAACCUCCCUCUUUUUUCUACCGAGUUUCCAUUCUCUCUCCCAUCUCGCUUCUUCACCAAGCUUCUCUUUCUUCUCUCUCUUCUCUGCAAUUUCCCUGUUUUUUCACGAGGUAUUUAUGAGAUAUUGCCGUGGUUUGGCACCUGAAAAUCACUGGAAAGCUUGAAGCUCUUCUUCAAUGGCGGAUUUCGAGACCAGCGAUGAUGAUUACUAUGGCGAUGACUCACUUGAUGGAUUGGAUCAAGAGGAAGACGAUCUCUUAUGGACUCCACAGAGAACCCCUUCUAGUGCUUCUAAGGUUAUCACCAGGGCAUCUCUUCUUGCUGCCCAGAGGGAAGAUUUGAAGAGAGUAACAGAAAUGCUGACACUCAAGGAGCAUCAUGCUCGUACUCUACUCAUCCAUCAUCGAUGGGAUGUUGAGAGGUUACUAGCUGUGCUUGUAGAGAAGGGAAGAGAUCGGUUAUUCACUGAAGCUGGUAUUCCAAUCUUAGAUGCAGCGCAUCAGGCCUCUGCACGUUCCACAUCAUCAAUAAUGUGCAAUAUAUGCAUGGAGGACAUAUCUCCCAAUGAUGUUACUACUAUGGAUUGUGGACAUUGUUUCUGCAAUGAUUGUUGGACGGAACAUUUUAUUAUUAAAAUAAAGGAGGGAGAAAGUCGGCGUGUAAGAUGCAUGGCACACAAGUGCAAUGCAAUUUGUGAUGAGGCGAUAAUAAGAAACCUAGUUAGCGUGAAGGAUCCUGAGGUGGCAGAGCGUUUUGAACGGUUUCUUCUUGAGUCGUAUAUUGAAGAUAAUGGCAAGGUCAAGUGGUGCCCAAGUGUUCCACAUUGUGGAAAUGCAAUUCGUAUUGAUGGUGAUAGCUAUUGUGAGGUGGAAUGCACAUGUGGUCUUCAGUUUUGCUUCAGAUGCUCAUCUGAGGCACACUCUCCUUGUUCGUGUUUGAUGUGGGAGCUAUGGAUUAAGAAAUGUAAGGAUGAAUCAGAGACGGUCAACUGGCUUACAGUUCACACUAAGCCUUGCCCGAAGUGUCACAAGCCAGUGGAGAAAAAUGGUGGCUGCAACUUAGUGACUUGCUUAUGUGGGCAGUAUUUUUGUUGGUUAUGUGGUGGUGCUACUGGUCGUGAUCACACCUGGACAGGCAUUGCUGGCCACAGUUGUGGACGCUACAAAUCAGAUCAUAAUAAAGUGGCAGAGAGGGCCAAAAGAGAUCUUAAUCGUUACAUGCACUACCACAAUCGUUACAAAGCUCACAUGGAUUCCAUGAAGCGUGAAAACAAGCUUAGAGAAACUGUCCAAGCAACAAUAGCAACCUCAGAAAGCAAGGACGAUGGAUUUAGGGAUUACAGUUGGGUGACAAAUGGGCUAAACAGGCUCUUCAGAUCAAGGCGUGUCCUUUCCUACUCAUACCCCUUUGCUUUCUACAUGUUUGGAGAUGACCUAUUUAAAGAUGAUAUGACUGAAGAGGAGAGACAAUUGAAGCAAAACCUGUUUGAGGAUCAGCAGCAGCAGCUGGAGGUGACAGUGGAGCGUCUGUCCAAGUUUAUUGAGGAGAAAUUUGACAAGCUCCCUGAGGACAAAGUCAAGGAAAUUCGAAUGCAUAUAAUCAAUCUGACCGUUCUUGUUGAUACCUGCUGCAAGAACAUGUAUGAAUGCAUUGAAAAUGAUCUAUUGGGUUUGCUCCAGUCGACAACUCAUAGCAUUGCGCCUUACACAUCAAAGGGUAUAGAGAGAGCAUCUGAGCUUUCGGUUUGCCCAGAUUCUGAUCAAAUAUUGAACAGCUCAAAGGCUAAUGAUGAUGAUGCUCAUGACCCUUCUUGGGUUUCAAGUGCACCUGGUACUGGUGAAAUUUCUACGAAAAUUAGGAUCGAGAAAGAGAGAGCAUUAUCUAUCAAAAGCUUAUGUGAUAGAGAAAAUUGUUGCACAGAUUCAGAGCCUCGUUCUGAAGGCCAAGUCUCCUGUGCAAGCCUGGAUGAUAACGGGUGCUCUAGUAGGAAGCGGGCCCGUGAAGAAACCCUAGGAAGCCUCCUUUUUGACCUCAACCUACCUGCUGAGGUAAUCGAUAAGAGGGUUUAACAACAGAAAAGAAUAAACAAACUACUCUUCACAUUUUAACAAUAAGGCAAGAGGGGGAAAAAAUAUGGCAGGUUUUUCCUUAUUAGCAGCAUCUCUAAGUGUACAUAGAGUCAGUUUUCUAACUCAAGACCAGGUAUCAUUUUUACCCAUUUGGAAGGUCGAAGUGGAUUUUUUUCCCUCUUCUUAUUGGGCACCCGAUUGAUCAGAGAAAGAAAAGAACGAAAUUCAAGGUUUUGGCAAGCAAACUUGGUUAUGUAUAUGUUUAUGGGUCUUUCUCCCUAUUUUUUGUGCAUCUUGUACAGGUUGCCUAAGACUCCGGAUAUAUAAAAUCUCAUUUCUCUGUUGAUGUUU